UAUCAGAUAAACAGAGCCUUUUGAAUGUAUGCUAUGUGUGGCCAUCAACAGUAUCAGUUCUCAGAAAUUUGCUUGCAAUUCACAGAGGAACUAGGUGUUAAAAUUUGGCAAAUAGCCCUGUCUGCACUUACAGUAUCAUGAGAAAACAACCCAGCAGCAGAAGUACAGAUCUGAAGCAUUGAAAACGGCAUUGUGAAGCUUCCAUUGUGAGAACUCUACUUCCUAUUUAGUUCUAACAAGACAUAAUGAAUUCAGCUGAUGAACCAGAUUAUAACUACAGUGAUUACAGUGAUAUUGUAAAUGAUCUUCAAAAUCACACAAACAACAUUCCUGUGGAUGUACAUGCUGGAUACUGCAAGGAAGCAGCAUGUGUAAUCACAGUUAUUCUUAAUGUGAUCAUAUUCCUUCUUGGCAUCGUUGGAAAUGGUGCGGUGAUCUGGAUUACUGGUUUUAAGAUGAAGAAGUCAGUGAACACCACCUGGUACCUGAGCCUGGCUUUGUCUGACUUCAUUUUCUGCGCUACUCUCCCGUUCAUCAUUAUCAGAACAGUGAUGGACGACUGGAUCUUUGGGCUCUUCAUGUGCAAGUUCACCUCUUUUGUUAUGACCAUCAAUAUGUACAGCAGCAUUUUCAUCCUGGUCAUCAUUAGCGUGGAUCGCUGCAUCACAGUCAAGUUUCCUGUCUGGGCCCAAAAUCAACGCACUAUAAAGAAAGCUUCUUUAGCUGUUAUGAUGGCUUGGUUCGUGUCUGCAUUGCUUAGCAUUCCACCUGCCAAAUUUAGAGAUAUUAUCCAUGACUCAACGGUCAAAUGUUAUACCGACUAUAAAGAUUACCACAGAACCAUUGUGUUCACACGCUUUACUUUUGGGUUUUUAAUUCCGCUCCUGACCAUUUCCACCUGUUACUCCGUCCUGAUCUGUAAACUUAGAGCAAACCAAAUGUCCAAAUCCACCAAGCCUUACAAGAUAAUGACUUUACUGAUUACAACUUUUUUUGUCUGUUGGUUGCCAUUUCACAUCACUUGUAUUCUAGAGGUGGGCAAAACUGAGCAUGAUCCUGUCUUUAACACGGCCCAUCAAAUAUCUGCAGCCAUUGCCACUGCAAACAGCUUUAUAAACCCAUUCCUCUAUGCAUUCAUGGCCAAGGAUUUGAAGAAGAAAUGCUAUUCCUUCCUGUCAAAGAUUGAGAGUGCCAUUGAUGAGGAGACCCGGAGCGCUUUCCAAAGAACUUCCAUUACCAAUUCUGUGGAUAACAGACUUUCCACUGCUGUCUGAAAUUUUAAAACAAUUCUUGGACAAAAGACAUUUUAGUAACACUUUACAAUAAGGUUGGAUUAGUUCACAUUAGUUAACUACUUUAACAUAAGAAUGAACGAUAUUUCUACACCAUUUAUUAAUCUUAGAUAAUGUUAAUUUCAAUGUUUACUAAUACAUUAUUCAAAUACAUUUUUUUGUUAACAUUAGUUAAUACACUGUGAAAUAGCAUGAACAGACAAUGAAUGACAGUAUUUUUACUACUUUAACAAAGAUGAAUAAAUACUGUAACAAAUGUAUUUCUCAUUGUUACAUCAUAUAGUUAAUAUAUUAACUAAUGUUAACAAAUGAGACCUUAAUGUAAAGUGUUACCGAUAUUUCUCUUUAUUCUUAUUUAAGUCGGACUGGAGAAUGCUGGCCUGGAAAAGAAUGAAUAUUAAUAAGUUGUACAAUUGUUUGUUGCAUGUAACACAGCUGAAACGUCUAGAAUAAAUCAGUAUAAAUAGGUUGAAUGAAAGCUACUUUCUACAAAAGUUUUGUAUAUUAAAACACCAUUUUGCUUAAUGCUUUUUGCAGAAUUUUAUGACAACUAUUACAUUUUUACUUUUUUACCAUUUUUGCAUGUGUCAUUUGCAAGUAGCACUCACGAAGACGAUUCAAAUAACAGACUUUAUUAACUAUCCAACAGAUUCAGAAGAUCACAGGAACACACAGGAUAAACGCAAACCAAACCAUACAUUAAUGAGAACUGUCAGAGAACAGAAACGGGUGUAAAUAUAGGAGGUAUAACAAAAGAACUCAAUUAGAAACAAGUGGCGAUAAUCAGUAACUAAGGGAACAAACUGGCACACACUAGGAAUAGUGGCCUGUUGCAUGAAACAAACUGAGUAGAAAAUAUCUAUAUAUCUGACAAAUACAGAUAAAUAAAACCUGGUUUAGAUCAGGUUCAGCGGUCUCACAACGCUCUGUAUAAACAUUCUCUGUCAACUCAGGUUUGAUCCAAAGUUUGCGAUUAACUGAAGGGUGUGUACCUGGAAGUGUAACACGUGGCAAACAGCUAAUCACACAGAACAUGCAGAGCAUCCGUUUGAUUCAUUUCUUGAUAGAGAGACUGCGCAAUUCACUACUCCUUUGAAGAUUAAGAAAUCGUUAUGAAAAAUAUCAUGAAAUUAAACACAUUUACAAAGCAGGAAUAAACACGGCUGCUUCUCAGUUUAAGAAGGCAGUGGAAAGAAAAUAUCUGACUAUAUCAAUUCAUCUACGUAAGCUUAAUUUGUUAAAAAGCUUAUAUUAAUGCAUGUAUUGUAUUAUAUA